GCGGAAGUGCUGAGAGCCGGUCCUGAGGUGGGAGAGAUGGCCGCAGGGAAGCACCCUGCCGUGCUGGGCUCCGGGAGUCCGCGCAAGCCUUGGCGACUGCCCGCCGACGGACACCCCGCGCCGGGCUGCUACCUGAGGUAAAUUUUUCCAUAACCUUAUGGAGAAAAAGGACUUUGAAGCAUGGCUUGAUAACAUUUCUAUUGCAUUUCUUUCUCUGACGGACUUGCAGAAAAAUGAAACUCUGGAUCACCUGAUUAGCUUGAGUGGAGCAGUCCAGCUCAGGCACCUCUCCAAUAAUCUAGAGAUUCUCCUCAAGAGGGACUUCCUCAAACUUCUUCCAUUGGAACUUAGUUUUUAUCUGUUAAAAUGGCUUGAUCCGCAGACCUUACUCACAUGUUGCCUCGUCUCUAAGCAGUGGAACAAGGUUAUAAGUGCCUGUACAGAGGUGUGGCAGACUGCUUGUAAGAAUUUGGGUUGGCAGAUAGACGACUCUGUUCAGGAUCCUCUACAUUGGAAGAAGGUUUACCUAAAAGCUAUUUUAAGGAUGAAGCAACUGAAGGACCACGAAGCCUUUGAGACAUCCUCUUUAAUUGGACACAGUGCCAGAGUGUAUGCACUUUACUAUAAAGAUGGACUUCUGUGUACAGGAUCAGAUGACUUGUCUGCAAAACUGUGGGAUGUAAGCACAGGUCAGUGCAUAUAUGGUAUCCAGACACACACUUGUGCUGCAGUGAAGUUUGAUGAACAAAAGCUUGUAACAGGAUCUUUCGAUAACACAGUAGCCUGUUGGGAAUGGAGCUCUGGGGCAAAGACACAGCAUUUUAGAGGACAUACUGGUGCAGUUUUUAGUGUGGAUUACAAUGACGAACUUGAUAUUCUGGUCAGUGGCUCUGCAGACUUCACUGUGAAAGUAUGGGCCUUAUCAACAGGAACGUGCCUGAAUACCCUUACUGGACACACAGAAUGGGUCACUAAGGUCGUUUUGCAGAAGUGCAAAGUCAAAUCACUUAUGCAUAGUCCUGGGGAUUAUAUUCUCCUAAGUGCAGAUAAGUAUGAAAUCAAGAUUUGGCCUAUUGGAAGGGAAAUAAACUGCAAGUGCUUAAAAACACUGUCUGUUUCUGAGGACCGAAGCAUCUCCCUACAGCCCAGACUGCACUUUGAUGGUAAAUACAUAGUGUGCAGUUCAGCACUAGGAUUAUACCAGUGGGACUUUGCCAGCUAUGAUAUUCUCAGGGUUAUCAAACCUCCAGACUUCUCAAAUGUGUCGUUGCUGGGCUUUGGAGACAUAUUUGCUCUACUGUUUGACAACAGAUACCUGUAUAUAAUGGACUUGAGGACAGAAAAACUGAUAAGCCGCUGGCCUUUGCCAGAAUAUAGAAAGUCAAAGAGAGGUUCAAGCUUUUUGGCUGGUGAAAUGUCUUGGUUAAAUGGACUAAAUGGCCAAAAUGAUACGGGCUUGGUUUUUGCCACCAGUAUGCCAGACCAUAGUAUCCAUUUGGUGUUAUGGAAAGAACAUGGCUGAAAAGGUCACACAUACAGAAUCUUGAGGAAUAUAUGGCCUAUCGGCAGUGUGUCCAUAAAACAAGACUUUGCAUGAACCAAA